UAGUUGGUAUUUAGUGUGUCUGAGCCCCAGUCUGUAAGCAGAAGCACGGAAGUGGGCCGAGGCAUUAAGAGCGACCUUUGCUGUUUCGCCCUCCAGGAAGACAACAAGACCCACUACCUGCGCUACAACCGGGAAAUAGCGUGGGCCUCAUUUUGAUUCGAGCGGCCACAGUAUCAGCACGCAGGAGGAAAUGAUUUCAAAAGCACUGGCCAUCCUGUGCAUAGCUGGCAUCACCUACGGCCAGGAUGAUUUGGUCAGGGUGGAAACCGAACUGCUGAGCUUUUCUCACAAUCUAGAGCAGUAUCUUGAUACCAGCAAGCAGCCCUGCCAGGAUUUCUACGGUUAUGUCUGCUCGCACAGCGCCAACCUCAGUGAGACGGGCAGGCAGCGAUACCAGAGCGCGCUUAAGCACACGGACAUCGCGCAGCUGAUGGACAUGGAGCUCCAGCUAAUCAACUUCUUCAAGUCCUGCGAGAGCGGGCGUGGAGUGGAGGCGCUCAAGGGAUCUCAGCUGUUCAGGCAAAGUGGGGGCUGGCCUGCCUUGGAACCGAUCAAGGUCAAUGCAAGUCAGCGGACCAACCAAGCCCAAAGCUGGCUGGGAGUUCUCGGGUACUUCCACGAAGUAGGUGCGCCUUACUUCUUCGAGACGUCGGUCACCAUUCAGUCGAACAAGCGUCUGGUGGUACUGCAACCCGAAUGCACGCGCCGCAACACUCUGAGGAAAUAUGAACAGCGCGUGGGCGAAGUCCUGCAGAGCUUCGGGAUCGAACAGAGCCGCGCCCACGUGACCGCCCUCGAAGUGCUCAGCUUGGAGCGCAAUAGUCGGGACAUUGUGAAGGCGGAGCACAUCGAGGACCAAGUGGAGUUUAGCUACGCGAACUUUAAGCGCAGUGUCUUUGGAAACGUCUCGCUGCCCAGACUAGACUGGGAUGGCUACUUCCGCAAGUUGCUUGGCGGCAAAACGCCACAGGCCAGCGACACCAUUGUAGUCAAACAACUGCCCAAACUGGUUGAGUACUUCGCGCUGCUCCAGAACACAAGCAUGGUUCGUCUAUUAAAUUGGAUCUGGACAGACUACUUGAUGGAUAUCGUAGAUGCAGACUGCCACCAGUUGGCGGAUACCUAUGCCGGAGACCUUUACGCCCACAUGAUACAGCGUGUUACGGCAAAUCGAGUCGAACUGGCAAAAAUGUACUCGGUGCUGGGAAAGGCCUUCACAGACCAGCUGGGCGCCAGUGUAUGGAUCGAUGAGAUCUCGAGGCAGAGCUCGAGGCAGUUUCUGGGUACUAUUAUGCACAUUACCCUUAAUGGCGAUGAGCGCUUGGACGCGGCAUACCACUCUAUCUUGUUGGGUCGGCGGAGCCUAUAUCGCAACCUGGAGAAGCUGCGCAAGUUUCAGCUUCCGCGACGUUCGACCUCCCAGUCCCUGCAGCAGGUGCGUCGCUACGCCCAAGUAUUCGCUACAGUCAAUGCGUUCCUAGAGCAGUACAACCUAAGCACGCCACUCAACUACCUCCUUCUGGGGAAGUUCUUCUCGCGCAGCGUGGUGGCUGCAGGCAGCAGCUCCCGUACGCCAGGAGCCUGGCUGAGCUCUGAUUCAGAGCGGCGAUUUGGCAUCUUCCAAGAGUGUGUAGGCGGACAGACAAGCGCCAUCGAUCUACUUCUGGGCUUACUUGCCCAAAGACAAGCACUAAGUGGAUACCGCCAGUGGAUGGCCACCCGGACGGGACUGGAAAAGAGAGUCGACGCGCUUCUGGCCGCUGGUCACUCGAAGAUGUCUCUACAGAGGCUAUUUUUCGUUACCAGCCUCCUCGUGGACUGCCACUCCGAGCUGGGCGUCCUGCAGCAGGACCGCAAGCGCCAGGUGGCUCACGCCACAUUGCGCAACUCACCGGAGUUUUUGGAAGCCUUUAAUUGCCGUCCUGGAGAUGGACUCUACCCGCAACACCAGCGCUGCAAUCCCUUCUAGGGUUGGACCUUGAACUUUGAGCUGCUGCCACCGGUGGUGUUAAAAAUCAAUAAACCACUGGAGGGCUUCUACGACCGCUACCAACCCCCAAUCGAUUGAUUUUUACCGUCCCACUUUGCACAGUUGCAUAGACACCAUAUGCUUACGGAUUGGUUACGUUACGGAAAAAAAAUAAACAACUCGCUGUGCGCUUGCAAUAACUUA